AAGUAGGCAGGUACCGCCUCUUUUCUUUUUGCCCUCCCUCCUCCUCUCCCUUCCCCUUCCCAUUCCCUUUCCCUUCUCUGGGCGCGCGUGCGCGCUUCUACCGCCCUCCCCCUCCCCUCCCCCGCGCCCGCCCCGCACGUUGAGCGUCUCGCUCUCUCCUGCCCCCUCCCCCCCGCCCUUUCCUUUUCCCCUCUGGCUGAGGAGCUGGUGGCAGCGGCAGGAGCGGCCGGAGCCGGGGCUGGGGCCGGAGCCGCAGCAGACGCCGGGGCCGCCGCCGCCGCCACCCUUCGCGUGCGCACGGAGCCGUCGCCGCCCGCGGGGCCCCGAGCGGAGCGCGGCCGAGCGGAGCGUACCACCGGCGGGCCGCGCGCAGGGGGGACAGCCGGGGCCCGCCCCGCCAGCCCGGGCGCCUGAGGACGCCGAGGCGGACGCCGGACAGCGGCCGCCGGGGGCGCUGCUGCGGUCCACGGGAGCCGGCGCUGAGGAGGCCGGCGUGAGGCGGGAGCCGGGGCCCCGAGGAGCGGAGUCCUCGCCGGCCGCCGCCACCGCGGCCAUGGCCGAGACCGAGGAGCGCAGCCUCGAUAACUUUUUCGCUAAGAGGGACAAGAAGAAGAAGAAAGAGCGGAGCAGUCGGGCCGCGGGCGCCGCAGCUGCCGGGUUAGCCGGCGCCGGGGCCGCGGGGGCCGGGGCCGGGGCCGCCUCGGCCGGAGGUGGCGGGGCCGGAGGCGGCGGCGGGGGCGCCCGGCCGGCCGAAGGGGCGGCUGGGGCCGCGGGGGGCGCGGGGCCCGGAGCGGCCACCAAGACCAAGGAUGAAGACGAAUGGAAAGAAUUUGAGCAAAAAGAAAUCGAUUACAGUGGGCUUCGAGUUCAAGCAAUGCAGAUAAGUGAAAAGGAAGAAGAUGAUAACGAGAAGAGAGAAGAUCCAGGGGAUAACUGGGAAGAAUCUGGUGGUGGUGGCAUAGAAAAAUCAUCUGGUCCUUGGAAUAAAACGGCUCCUGUUCAAGCACCUGCUCCAAGUAUUGUUACAGAAACCCCAGAACCUGUUAUGACUGGUGGUGUAUACAGGCCUCCCGGUGCCAGGGUGACUACAACAAGGAAAACACCACAAGGACCACCAGAAAUAUACAGCGAUACACAGUUCCCAUCAUUGCAGUCCACUGCCAAGCAUGUAGAAAGUCGGAAGGAUAAAGAAAUGGAGAAGAGCUUUGAAGUAGUAAGACACAGAAAUAGAGGUAGGGAUGAGGUUUCCAAAAACCAGGCACUUAAGCUGCAGCUAGACAACCAGUAUGCUGUGCUUGGGGAUCAGUAAAGCUGCCCACACAUUACAAUUAAGGAAUGGCUUUUUGAUAACCCUCCUACUAAGGUAACUAAACUACAGCUAACGGCCAUGAACAACAACCCGUCUUGUGAUGUCUGCUGGAUCUCCUGCAGCAUGUGCAGACUGUUUGACAUCAGCGAUCGGCUGAGCUGCUGCCCUGUGGAAGCUUAAUGUGGUAUACACCAUUGGAUGUGGGGGAAUUCUCAAUGUUAUAAAUUGCUUGAACUAGAUUCACCAGUGUUCUUUGAUAAUUACUUUGGGAAAACAAAAAAUCCCUCAAACCUGCAGCCAGUGGUCAUUUCGAAAUCUUUUUAUGUUCAGAUACUGAGCCUUCGUAAGGGUUGACUACCUCAGAUUUGCUGCACUCAUUGUGGACACCAUGUGGAUCACAACUUCUGGAUAAGAAGGUUACAGCUAUUAAGUGGCGAUGUGAAACUUGAAACCAGCUCUACUGGAUUCCUAUCAGAAAUCCUGCAAAAGUCAGCCAUUUGGGUUCUGAUCUGCUAUAAAUGACAAAGAUUUAAGUGACCUUAAUUAACCUGUCCUGGGCCCCAUCCUUAAGGAAUACUUUCUCUAGUAGCUAUGGCUAUUUACGAUUUCCUGAGGCGUACCACUCUCAAAAAGAACUGUGUUCAAAUAAACCCAUGCAGAGCUGUCGUGUAUUUUUUUUUAACCCUUUAGCUGUAGCCCUAUUCUGAGGUUACAAAAACUAAAUUUAACCACACUUUGAUGUACAAAGUGGGAUUUGGGGGGUGGAGGGGAGGGGUUGAAUGGUCCAAUUUUUUUUCUUUAGCCAUUUUGAUUUGGAUAGCACAUGUGUUGUAUUUUCCGCCAACAAGGCCUUCCUUGCUUUGACUUAGAAUCUAAGUUCUUUGAACAGAGCAUAAUGCUUGGUUGAGUAACAUGAAACAUCUGUGAAGAAGGAUUGUGAAAUAAGUUUCAUAACCUGAUUUCCACCCCCAAGGGGCUGGAAUGCCAUAGCCUUUAAAGAGCAGUGGAUGCCAAGGCUUGACUUCAGGUGCUGCUUAAAGCCUCUAAUCACCAGGUCUUUAACUUGUACAGUAUGUAUUUGACAGGAGUACCCAUAUCUAGCAGGUGGGAUUGUAACCUUUUUUUACUGCUAGAGUAGAGAGGUGUUCACUGACCUGUGAGUUUAUUUCUAGCAAAACUGUCUUGCUCCUUUUAGACUUAAACCAAUAUGAGUACAUCCUAAUCAUAAGCUUGGUGAUAUGUGCACAAGCUUUCCUGAUGUUUCACAGAUACUGACCAGUUGUGGGGUAUCUAUCUGACAGUUCUUCCAGGUGCCACACUUAGCCCCAAAUUUUCAAGGUCAGGAUGUUUAUUGCUGCAAUGAUUAUCCUGACUAGCUCUGUUUGAUGUGUCUAUUGCUGUUCAGUGGUUGGGGUGGGGGGGUGGGGGGGAGAGAAUGGGGCAAAAGACAGGUGACAUAGCACUUCUGUUUUUAAUAGCUACAGGUUAAGCAAUCCAGUAACUUAGUCCUUAAGUGGGACCUGACAAAGCCACCCAAAGUUAUUGCCUAUGGUAUGAAAGUUUCAUUCCAUCUAACUUCAGAUUCUGUUCCAUCUUUCUUAGUUUUGUCACUUUGAUUCAGUACAAAUAUUGCAAAGUGGUAUGUGACCACUUGAUGCGCAGAGUCUGAGUUUCUCUAUAUUAAAUUACAAUGCCAAAUUCAGGAGUUGCAGACUUGCCACUGACAAGAGUGAAGCAAGUAGGUGAGUAAAACAAUCUCCCUGAUGUGAUAGCAUAUUGUCUUGUAGGAGUUCAGAUGCAAAAAUCACAGUCUGGCUCCUAGAAGGGUUACUGACAGUGUCUCUUGGCAGCCCUUGCCAACUGCUUCUUGGCAUAGUUGCUGGCAUAUCUGAAGGAAUUGGCAGGCUAGCUCCCUGUCCUCUUAUAAAGGUGUACCUGGACAAGUCGCUGAGCCAAGGAGGAGUUGGAUUUUCAAAAGAGGAACAGGGCUUACUCGGUCAAACUGAAGACUUCUUUCGGGAACCAAAAACCUUAGUAAAAGAAUUAAAUAGAAUUCUUGGACUUUGAGCCAUCUAUUUUCCCUGAAAAGUAUGCAUCUUUGCCAGCAGUGUCUUGUUGGAUUAUAUUACUGAGGAAUGAACUGAGAUGAUUAUGUGGAAGUGUUAUUUAAUGGCAUAUUGUACUAGAAAUUUGAAGACCUGCAGUAGAUUUUAAAUCCCAACUCUUGUUAUAACAUUUUUAAGAGAUUGUGAAAUUGUCAAAAUGCACAUUAAUCAAGUUUUAAUAUACUGUAUGAUGGGUAGAUGAGACUGUCCAUUGUACCUUAUUUCGUUAUUUGAAUUCUCAGGCAUGGUUUUGGCAGUGCAAGAACCCUGUAACAUUAACAAAUUCAAUAAAAUGGAAAUGUAUAUGGA